AUGUCAAGAUUUACUGGGAGUCUGUAUGCAUUCACACUUUCAUCCCUAUCCAUUGUUUUCUCCGUGACUUCCGCUUACUACCGGAUGUUGAGAAAUGAAGAGAUGAACAAUAAGGAUGAAGAGAAUGGUGGUGGUGAUGCUGGUGCAAUUGAUGGGCAAGUGAAGAGCAAUUAUAAUGGGUUGUAUCUGCAGGUGUUUCAGAUCUACCUGUAUGGUCUCUCCCUGGUACUUCUCAUCUACAUUUACAUCUUCCUAUUCUACCAUAGACGUAAGGAGCGCCGAUCUGAAAUAGCCAAAACUGACCACGUAUAUUACUACGGCGACGACGACGACGACGACGAUAACGCUAAUAAUGCCGGGAGAAGUGACGAUGAAGAAGAGGAUGGUGAUGGUGAAGAUGACGACGGGGAGGGUCUGGGAGAUGUGAGUGAAGAGAAAAAUGAAAACGGAAACAGGAUUCACGGUAGGGAGCACGGAGGAAUGGAGGGGGAGAAUCUGAAAGAUUACCAAGAGCAUGCCAUAAAAAUAGAGGAAUACGACAUACUGAACACGACAUCAGUCUCAACUGAUACAGACACCACAAACGACAUCUUUCACUUUAUAGACAAUGACGCACGCGACGAUUCGCCACAGCCGGCCAAGCGAUCGCCAAAAUCGCCACGUCGACACAAUAAGUUGAAGGAGAAAAUUGACGAGGAGGGCGAGAAGGAAGAGGAAGAUGAUAAGAGGCAAAAACGAGUGAAGAGUGUCAGGAGUGAAAGGAAGUUGAAGAAGAGUAAAGAUCCGGUGACUUUGAGAAUCGGUGACGUCAACUUCCAUCUCAGGAUCGGAGUUCUAAUUUUUGGUACCGGAUAUACGUGUAACAAUGGUUUUCAGCUGGCUCAAUAUUACAUAUCCGGAUUAUCAUCAAACAGUUGUUACAACAUCUGUGACGUCAUCAUCACUUGCCUCCAAAUCGUCUUCAUUUUCCUGCAAGCUUUUUUCUUGUACAAGUUCCAUAAAAUGGUGGUUCGAACGCAGAAGGUCUGGUUCAGCAUAGCUUUCAUGCACUUGCUGGCCACCAACGUCGUUGCCUGCAUCAUCGAUUUCGUCAACGAAGUCUUCGUCGGCAUGCCGACAAAAGAAUAUCGAAGUGAAGCUGGAGGGAUGUUUCUAGAAAAUAAAUGGACAGAUGUUUCAUUGAACAACACAAACUUUUGCCCUUCUCAACCAUACUAUCUCUGGCACAAAGUCUUUCCUUACUUGUAUCCAUGUUCUAUUCAAUAUAGUUUGCUGUCUGCAGCCAUCUUGUAUGUAAUAUUCAGACGUCUGAUCAACUACUCGAAUGCUCUGAAGGCUAUAGGCAAGUCUUCCAGUGCAUCUGUCGUUAAAUCAUUAAAUCAACAGCAGCGUUCGACCAUGAUGUCUAAUUGCGACAAGUCUCAUAAAGGCAUUUUUCUUGGAGUCAUCGUCGUAGCCAGCACCUUGAUUGCUCUACUGUGUUACUACGUCUUUGGUGCGAGGGACAAGAAAGUUUAUUUCUUCACCAGCAGCGUACAAGAUGAAGUUAUCGGCGUCGCAACGUUAAUCUCCUUCAGUACUGAUCACGUUUUGAUGAUCAUCUGCAUCGUUGGAACUUUGGUUGCAGCUAUAAGGUUGAAUAAACUGGGAGACAUUAAAACGAUGUUCAUAAGUGGCUUCUUUCCGUCUGACAUCCGAAUUGAAAAAGUUCUCUUGCUUGUCUCGUUCCCAGGAGUGCUGGUCUUGCAAGGUUUCUACAUUCUGGCAACUUCCAUCGAACUCUUACAUUCAUUCAGUAGAACAAAUCCAACCAAGGAAGGCGAUGAGUAUUUUCCCAAAAAUAUUACAACUACAGCCAUAGCUGAAACUUCAACUUCCAGUUUUGGAACGACUACCAAAAAGAUGUUUUUUUCAAAUUUUUUCCAAACUUUUAAUUCUUCACAGCAGUUGAUUGCCAUCUUCACUAUCGGAACUGCGGUGGUGGUUCUUUUCCAUGCCCUUCUACAGACAAGAUUUUUGUUAGAAGGCAUGGAUAAAAAAACGGUGACCUUGAAACAGAGGAGGUCAAAGCCCGGAAGAGCCAUCGUAACUUUUUUGUGGUUUUGUAACCUGGCCUUGAUGCUUUGUUCGAUUUGUGAACCAAGGAGGUUUGAAACUAAUGUCGUGCCUUCUCUCGUUUACACCGGUUAG